CUUCCAGUCCGUAUUUAUAGGAAGUUUAAAAUUUAAAAAAAAAUGAUUUCAGUUUUAGUUUGGUGCAACGCAUAUUUUUGUCAGAUUCAACACAGCCUUAUUUAUGAUGCAUGCAUGUUUUAUGCCCCGAACUAUAUAAAACCAAAUAUUUCGAAGAAUCAAAUGGCUUUUUGAUCCGCGCCCAACUUUCUCGUCACUUACAUGCACUUCAUUAAGCCACCAUCUGUCGUGUUCACGGGAUAACAUCGACGAUUAUCAACCUGUUGCUAUAACAGUAUAUUAUAGUAUAUUUUAUAUAUUGAGGAUUGCCACGCAUAUAUCUUUAUUAUGUUGUCCACUGGAUAUUUUUGUUUUUUAUCAUUAACCAUAUUAAAAACUUUGAAGGAAGCAGUUUGUCAACUAAGAGGGGUGGAAGCGGGGGACAAUCUAUCCUCCCCGCAAUACGUCACACCUUACCUGGAAGAUGUUAAGGAAACCUUUAUUAUGGCUGUGGAGCACACCUGUCUAUUGAUUGCGGGGAUAUUAAUGCUUAUCACCAUUAUAAUUCUGAUAGUGGGAACCAUCAUAGUCUCGUGCUGUUCUCGCGAUGACGAGAUCGACUACAGAAUGAUACCCCAGGGGGAUUGGCACCCGGAACAUCUGGACUAUGAUAACAUUUUAGACCUAUUACAAAGUAUUCAAAAAAGCAAAAAAUUUCAAAAUUUACAGGAAUUUUUAGCCCAAAAAAACAUUUAGUUCAUUUGAAUGACAGCUGAUGUAAAUUUCAGACCGAGUUUAUGCAUACAUCAUCUUCAUCAUAACGAAAAAAUGGGAUUGGAGACUUUGCAAAUGUCCUUCCAAGUGAAUCCAUGCAGCUUCCAUUUUCUCAGGGAUUUAUAAACUUGUUCCUGAAACCUCUUCCAGGUUGUUUUUCAUUCCUCCGAGGAAAAAACUGAGUUAUGUGUGUAAGGCUCAUAAGCUGAUACUUUAUAACAACAAUUAUGUUGGCAUUCCAUACAUUUGGUAAUGCUGAACAGAAAUCCAUUCCCUUGGUGCUUUAGCUAGGUUAAAUGUAUUGUAAGAGUGAUUUUUUUCUUGUUAAAUUUCUAUAUAUGUACUAGCAAAAUUUUAAAUUUUUUUAUUUGUUUUAUAUGCUACAUUAUAUUGUGAUGUAGAAAUAAAUAAUUGAUAUAUUUAUAAUUAUAUGCAACUGUUAUAUAGUCAGCAUAAUAUAUCAGGUUUUCUGGACCUUGGAGUGAGGUACAGAGUUUCAAUUGAAUGUAGGUAGGGGUUAACAACAAAUAUGGGAAAUUACGAGCUUUAUAUGGCCUAAGUGUUUGGUCCAAUAUUGAUAACAAUGAUAUGUAAGUUGUUUAAAUCGGACGGUGCUGACCGUAGCCGGAAGUUUGUUUUGUUUUCUAUUUUAAUAUAUAUAAUUGUUAUGAUUUACUACAUGUAAAUUGUUUUAUUGAAAAAAUCAAGUCAAUAAAUACCAUUUGUUACAAA